AUGAAAAAAUCAUGGAAUCUUCGUUGGGAGAGUUCCUGUCCAGACCCAUCGGUCAUCUCAACUGUUCAAAGGUUUCUUAUUUACCGAAAUUUCUUUUAAUAAACAGUUUUCUCAGAAAUGUUUCCUUUUUAAAUGACAGCUUCAACGUGAGAAUCGGAACCAACGACGGUCUCAUUUCCAUUUACUCGUCUUUACUGAUUACAACUACUGAUUCCAAAGACAAGUGUAGGUUGAAACCGUUCGUAUGGAAAUAGAAUCGAUAUCAAUAUUUCGCUGCUUUUUCAAAAAAUAAAAAACUUUUCUUUCAGCUUCUUUAUUGGUACGUAGGAGACAAAAGUGUAACUGACACCGUUUCAAAAAAAAAUUUCGAACGAGGAGAAAAAAAAUGAUUUAGAGCCGGAAUGAGUGGUUUUCCAAGACAUGAAAUUACUUUUCAAAGAAAUCGAUCAAUGCCAAAAAUGUUUGUAUACAACAGAAACAUGGCUUCGACUUUUUUUUUCUUAUCUAUUUCUGGGAAUGUUUAUUUUUCAAGCUUUAGCCUUGGAAAAAAAGUAGUAAGAUUUUUCGCCAGCUUAGUUUUUCUGGUGGUUGUGAUGACCUGAAGUCUUGAUCAAGGAGGAAUGGUGGGUGGAACCGAAGUAGGAAGGUGUUACUUUGUCGAGUCGUCUCGGCAAUCUCCCAUUUCGGCAUCAGAUCUUGUUUUACGGCUUUUCCCUUUCUCUCUUCGCUCUGAGAACAACAAAAUAGCCCCGAAAUUCGUAUUGUUUGUGAUGGGAAGGACCGGAAAGCCGUCCGGCUCGAGCAUUUUUCAGGCCAACCGUUUCCGUUUCAUUUCUCACACCUAGUCCUAUUUAUACCUUUUCAUUUUCAAACUCGAUUUCAGUUCCUGAUGGAAGUUUUGUGUAUUUUAUCAUACGAAACAUGGAUUAUCAAGGAAAUUUCCCGUUCGUCGCCUUUUUUGCUCUGCAAAACUUUGAUCAGGCCUUUUCGUACCCCCUCUCACGAUUCAUUCAUGAUGAAGGACAAAAAAAAAAUCAUUGAAAAGAUUUAAAGAUUUAUUUUUUUUUACUACCUCUUUUUUCUUGACUUUCUUUGAUCCACAAACUGAAUAAAACUUUUCCUCAAAUAGCUCAAAAUUCAAAGAAUUACCGUAGAUUGCCUUUAAUUGAUUUUGGACUUAGUCUUGCCGAUUGGAAAGCCAGAGAAAAACGUUCCAGGUGAAUCCAUACCUCUACUAACGACCGAAGAUAUUUUGAGCAAUGGACUCACGUCCCGAUACUUGGCAUGGUGAGAAUUACAGUCUUCAUCUGUCUGUUAAAACUUUGGGUUGAAAAAACAUUUUUCUAGAAAAAAAAAACUAGUUUUAGAUUAAUUCAAUUGUUUUGAAGUACUUUUGGAGUGUCCGAUUUUGAGUUUACAGAAUUUGGCUAUUCUCCCUUUGUGGAAAACUUGAAUUUAAAAACUUAUUCAAACCUUUUGAAGUGAUCAUCUACGGGUCCAUCGCAACGGCGAUCGUAUCCUUGCUUUCUUUGGCCGGAUCUCUUCUCAUCCCUUGUUUUCAGGCUCAGAACAGCCACAGGUAGGCUUGUUUUCGAUUUAAAAUGUCAAAAAAAAAUCGUCAAUAAAAUAUCUUAAACUUCUCUUUCUUCCAUAAUCAACUUUUGCGGAGUAUUUUGGCCUCCUCCUACUUCCAAAAAGCUCUCUAAGAUUUUGAAUAAUUUCAAAACAUCUUGAAUGGAAUAUUUAAGAUGGAUGAACUUUUGCGUUGCAAUGGCUAUUUCAACCCUUUGCUCUGACGCGAUACUUCAUAUCAUUCCUCAGGUUCGCAUAGGAAAGGCAUUGAGAUAAAGUUCAUGCUCUUUUAGAUUGUCGGUGUUCACAGUCACGAGCACCAAGACCACCACCAUCACCAGGUAUUCUUUCUCAAUAUUUUCUUUCGCGAAGAAAAUAAUCCCGAUUUCUUGAGCACAACGAUUCUCAUGAAUCGAAUGAGACAGAGGAACAUCAUCAUUCUCAUGGCCAUUCUACGGUUCAUCUAUUUUACUUUUGAUCAAUUAUUGCAACUUCGCUUUCAGUGGUAUACAAUUACAAACGAAAGGAAGGUUUUGCUUCGUCUUUCCAUUAUAAUCGCGGCAAUCUACGUUCUCUACUUUUUCGAGUUUGUCAUUUACUACCGCAAGAAGAACAAUGAUGAGGUGAGUUUUAUCGAGAACUAGACACUGAAUUUCUUUUUGCAGAAGAAAAUCAUACAGUGCGCCCAAACGAUUUCGAACCACGCCUGGAGCGAUUGCGAAGCUAACAAUAACAACAACGGCGCCAUCGAAAAGACUGACAAGUCUUCCAAGACGAGCUCCAAACCAUCUUGCACCGUCUUGUUGCAGGAGAGAUUCGCCACCCAGCGAGAACGCUUCUCAGCUUGGAACUGACUUGUCUUCAACUGCUUUCGACGAAGAUGAUGCCGUCAGCUGUUUUGGAAUCAAGGUUCAAUCUAAGUCCAUGCAAAACUCCCAAAACGCGUAUCAUUUUUUUCUCGAUUACUAUCCGGAGAAAGACUCAUUUAUGAAAAAAUAAUCAUCGAUGACGGUAUCAGGCACGAGCAUGGGUGAUUCUACUGGGAGAUGGCGUGCACAACUUUGUCGACGGCCUGGCCAUCGGAGCCUCGUUCAUGUCUUCUGCUCAACUGGGCAUCAUCACAACCAUUGCAGUCUGCUGCCACGAGCUCCCGCACGAAAUCGGUCGGCGUUCGCACUGAGAAAAGAAUUAGACUUUUUAGGCGACUUGGCCGUCCUGCUCGAGUCCGGCAUGUCUAUGUGCAAGGCGCUUACUUUCAACCUUCUAUCAGCUUUGACCGCUUUCAUAGGCCUUUACAUCAGCAUAGCUCUAGGUUUGCUCGAUAGAAAAUAGUCGGAAGAUCGGUCCGAGGUUUGAAAAAGUAUUCGAGUCAAAAAUUUGAUUUCAGACUGAGUAAGACUUCAAAGGGUUUUCCUGACUUCACUUAUGAAAAAAUACACAGAAAAGGAAGAUUCAGGUAGGAACGAGGAGAUCGAAUUGCUUUUACUGGCGGUUACUGCUGGGAUGUUUCUCUACGUUGCUUGGAUAGACAUGGUUAAUAUCUAUAUUUGAAGCUAGUUAUAAAAAAAAAUCCCUAUAACUUUUCAGAUGGCUCAUCUGAAGCACGACGGAGCUCACAAAGAUCACUGGCUGUUGGCUUGCUUUAUGCAAUACUCUGGUUUCUUCUCUGGUUUUCUGCUGAUAUUUUCUCUCGGGUGGUUCGAGCACGACAUGUUUGAAUGA